CGUAAACCAUCUUCGCCGGCUUGCGUGUGUGUGUGUGUGCUGUCCCAGCCUGCAGCGCCACAUUUGGGGCAGAGGGAAAAAGGCGCUGUGGGGCGGAGGUGGCGACGGUGGUGCACGUCUUCCACGGACUGUGAGGCUUGACGCUCGGAACUGACAGCGCAGGACAGUAAUCUAUUCUUAUGACUACGGAGAAGGCUUUGGAAAUGAAGAGCGCAAUGGAGGGUGACGCCAGGACGACCAAUCAGGUUCCCGAGGACCACGGGGAAAUGGAUGACAGUUCAGAGAAGACCCCCAGCAAAGCCUCCAAAUCCCCCCAGAAAACCAACAAGAGGCCAAAGACUGUCCCUAUCAAAGUCACGCUACUCGACGGUUCGGACUAUGAGACCGGGGUCGAGAAAUUUGCCAAGGGCCAGACCCUGUUGGACAUGGUGUGUGGCCAUCUGAACCUGCUGGAGAGGGACUACUUCGGUCUGACUUUCCAGGACACGGACAAUUCCAAGAACUGGUUGGAUCCCUCCAAAGAAAUUAAGAAGCAGAUCCGAGUUGGUUCCUGGAUUUUUGGAUUUUCUGUCAAGUUUUACCCUCCGGAUCCAUCUGUGCUCAUUGAAGACAUCACCAGGUACUACCUGUGUCUGCAGCUGAGGGACGACAUCCUAUCCGGACGUCUGCCCUGCUCCUUUGUCACCCACGCCCUCCUGGGCUCCUACACUGUCCAGGCUGAGCUGGGAGACUAUGAGCCAGAGGAACAUGGACCCGACUAUGUUAACGACUUCCGAUUUGCCCCCAACCAGACACGCGAGCUAGAGGAGAGAGUAAUGGAGCUUCACCAUAACUACAGGGGGAUGAGUCCAGCAGAUGCAGAAGUUAACUUUCUAGAAAAUGCCAAGAAGCUCUCGAUGUAUGGUGUGGACUUGCAUCAUGCUAAGGAUUCAGAGGGAAUCGACAUAAUGCUCGGAGUGAGCGCCAACGGACUGCUCAUCUACCGAGACCGCCUCAGGAUCAACCGUUUUGCCUGGCCCAAAAUCCUCAAGAUUUCUUAUAAAAGGAGCAAUUUCUACAUAAAGAUUCGCCCCGGAGAGUAUGAACAGUUUGAGAGCACCAUAGGCUUCAAGCUGCCAAAUCAUCGGGCCUCAAAGCGACUGUGGAAGGUCUGCAUUGAGCACCACACCUUCUUCAGGUUGGUUUCUCCAGAGCCGCCUCCCAAGGGCUUCUUGGUGAUUGGCUCCAAGUUCCGGUACAGCGGGAGGACGCAAGCCCAGACCAGACAGGCCAGCGCUCUCAUCGACAGGCCUGCCCCGCUGUUCGACCGCUCUGUUAGUAAGAGGCACUUGCUGCCUCGCAGCAUUGACGGUGCCUCGGCACUCGGUGAUAGCAUGGACCAGUUGUCCCAGCGAAGCUCCAGCGAACGCACACAGUUCAUGUCCAGAGAAGACCUAGACCAAGAGGGCAGCCUGGAUCUGGACAAUGAGCAGUACCACUAUCAGGACCAAGACCAGGACCAGUACACGGACCAAGAGCUGGAGCAACAUGAAGGUCAAGAUCAGAUGCAGACACUGGACGUGAACAUCUCAACACAGACAAGGACUCGAGAGCUCAAGAGUGAAGAGACAGGCACACUUGUUGACUCAAAGCCAGAGGAUUUGGCCAUGCUUCGACCCAAACAGGAGCAGUUCCUGGAUAAGCCAGAAGACGUUCUACAAAAGCACCAGGCCAGCAUCAAUGAACUGAAGAGAGCUUUGAAGCAGCCCAACAGCAAGAUGGCCCAGAGGGAGAAACGCAUCUCCUCAGCUACUCCUCCUGGUGGAACCCCAGAGCGGAAAUCGGAGACACCUCCCACACCUGCUAUUCACGAGGAGCCUCUCAGUGACGCUUCAAGGGAACCCUGGGAGAGGCGGCUGGGCUCAGUAUCAGAGGACGACCAGGACCACGACAUCCUGUACCUGAAGGAAACUCACCUGGGGAUUGAGCGCAAAUGUUCCAGCAUUACGGUCAGCUCUACGUCCAGCCUGGAGGCUGAAGUAGAUUUCACUGUCCUCACAGACCUGCACACGGGCAUGGAGGAGUUCUCUAGGGGGAUGUCAGAGCUCGGAGAGAGGGAUUUUUCACCAGACAGGGGUUUGUACCUCGGCAUUGACACACUUCCGCAGCAGGGCCCCUUUGAGCCUCCCCCUCCUCCGCUAGUAUCGACUCCUCAGUCCAGAGGAGCCAGCAGCAGCCCCCCGGCUAAGCAGUUCCAGGUUGAUGAAGUCAGACCAGAGGUCAAGCGACCCGAUGUUCAGCCUGUAGUUCCCAAAAAACCAAAGAGAUCAGUACCUGUGUCGUCAUCAGUUGACAGAGAGCAAUCGUACAGAGAAGCCAGUCGCACCCCUGCACUGACACCCCUGAGCCGGGAGGCCAGUGAUGUCAUGCCUACAGUGAGGAAGACGGAUGUGAGGACAGAGACUCAACCCAAUGGGUCAGAGGUCACCACGACUAUCGUGGAGUUCACGGAUCAGGACCAUGGCAUCUCUGGCCUAAGUGAAGUCUGUUUCUCUACGAGACAGAGUGUUUCUCCCGUUCACAUGGGCAGUCUUGGGAGGGAGGCAGCAGGUUCACCCAUUCUUGUUACCGAGAAUGUUACCUCGGCAACCACUCAAGUCACCAAGACAGUGAAAGGAGGAUAUUCAGAGACCAGGAUCGAGAAGAGGAUCAUAAUCACAGGAGACGAUGAUGUAGACCAGGAACAGGCUCUGGCUAUUGCAAUACAGGAAGCCAAGCAGCAGCAUCCCGACAUGCAGGUGACCAAGGCAGUCGUCGUCAGGGAAACAGAGUCGUCCACUGAGGAUCGACACAAUGCAUCAGAGGUACAGCUGCCAUUUUGACUCCAAAAGAUAACUGGCCUCUUGUGACGUUCCAGGGAUUUUGAGGUUGACAGUCUUCUCUUCUCCAUCUGCAGUCCUGAUUUGCUGAGACGAGAGUGCCCCCCUGUGGACAAAAAGUGUCAGUGCCCAACCUGAAAUCCCCCCCUCCCACCUGCUGUAUUGAAAGACCGACUGUCAGUCAUGCUCAAAUGGGGCCUCUUGUACAUGUUCACACACACACACACACACACACACACACACACACAAACACACAGAGCUGAACCUGGACUUCUUUCAAAUCCUCCUCUCUGUUUUUCCAUUCAAGCAACACUCUGUUGAAACUGUCUAUUAGUUCGGAAAACAUUUAAGUUCUUUGAUUGGUCGACAGUAUGCAGGUAUGCAUACUAGAAUGCCAAACGAGAUGUAAUCCAACUGAAUUCCCGCCAAAGCUCUCAGGGCCGCGAUACUUAAACCACCUGCUUCAGUACGUCCAGGUCAAACAGACGAAGUGUAGAAGGGGUUUAUUUAAAUGCGAUCUGUGCACUCAAGUCACAAUGUGCCAUGAUACAUGGCCAGAGAAUCGUCCGUCGCCUUGGACUUAAAAAAAACAACAAAACAAGACAUCAACAAAUCCCUGCCGUGUGUGCUGGUAAUAAGUGUCGUUCUUCCACUUUGUCACAGCAUCCAUUCCAUGUAGCUGCAGCAGUAAGGCGUCCAGCAAACCAGGUUUUAGUGAGAGCAGAGGACGUUAAAUUCAGUGUUUAGUUUGCGCUCCUUCAUAAAUCAGUUAAGUAAACAAAAUGAGCUUCGUCACACGGUCUGAUGAGAGUGCAUCGAUUUAGAGAACAUCAUACUGUGCCGGCCAGAUCCUCUGGUGAUGCUGGUCCUCAAAUGUUGGUUAGAGACCAAAUCUGGAUCCACAUACUUCCAUGUGGCUGGCAUGUAUGCAAGGACAAGACUGAAACUGCUUCAACAUGAUGGACUUUGCUUGGAAUUUCCUGCAUUUGGCCCUGGACAGAAGAACCUGUUAAUACACACUGUGUACAUGUUUUCAAAUGGUGGCAAUGUAGUUUCUGAGCAUGCUGAUGUUUCAGAGUUAGCCCAGUAUUCCAGUAUCCCCCCCUCCCCCCGCCCUCUUUCCCAGCCUUUAGACGUGCUUUCAGAAUCCACUUGGAUAUUCUGUAAUGUCACUUUGGCCAUUUUGUGUAGUAAGUACGUAGAGUAGGCUCGCACCCUCGUUCCACGUCGCAGAAAAGGACUGCUGCAUUAGUAAAAUAAAACAACUUGAGAUAAUAUUUGCAUGAUUUCUUGCAUUAUUGGAAUUGUAAUUGAGAAAUAUGGAUAUGAACUAAUAUUAAGGACGGAUCAAGAUGGAAAGACCGUGAGAAAUCAUAAAAGAUGUCGGUGCUGAAUUAGUCUUGAUCUGAGGUCAAAUCUGAGCUCAGACAUGUAAGAAAGGAAAUUAAGCUUCCUGGCAGGAAAUGAAGAGUAUUCAUCAGAAAAUGUGGGAAAGUUCAUUUCAGUACGUAAUAUAUUUCUGUUGUUUGUUAAUCCCCACAUCCAAUGAUUGCACACUUUUCAUUUACAAUCAAUCUAAUUUCCUGUCUCUGGUGCUGUAUAAUAUAUCUUUACAUAUCAGUGUGUACCUUUAAAUAGAUUCCAAUAAUGGAACAUGAAGUAGACUUGUGAUGCCAACAAUCAGUUGUGAUGUUUUUCAUAGCUGUCAACUUCUUCAUCAUUCAACAGUCUCAGCUGAGAUAGUAUUGUGCAUCAGCGCCCGACCUUUAAGUGCAGUGUUAUGAAUAAAUGAUAGAGCAGGGGUAGCAUCUUUGAACUUUUAGUGGUGUGUGAUUUGAUACAUGAUUGUUAGAGGGAUGCCAUAGACAUGAAUGUGUGCCAAUGAAGGUAGCAGUCUAAUUGUACAAACUCUGAUUUUUUUUUGUAAAAAUUUUACUUGAAAUACUAGCUACUUUUAAUUACACAAGUGCCAGAAAGUCAAAAACACAUAAACUUGACAUGGCUAAAAAAUAAAUAAAAUAAAAUAAAAUAAAAAAAAAAAAGGUGUCAUCUCCCAAAAAGAGUCUAAUGCAAAAAUGUAUAUAUGAUGUGACAGCAAAUCAUUCAACUGUGGAGACAUCCUGUUUCAAAAACUGCCAUGUCAGGUUUAUAAAAGUACUGCUAACUUUGGCUUUCAGACACUUCGAUUUACAGUUAAUGUUUCACAUGUGCGGUGCAGUGACUCCUGUUGUGUUUUUAUAUUUUGCUUCCAAAUCCUUUGAGGUGACGUAUGCUCAUGAAUAGGAGUGUCCAAACUGGAAAAAGGCGAGAAAACGUGUGGCUGUGAAAACCUUGUACUGUAUAUAUGGUGGUGUUUGGUGGAUUGUGAAGAUGUAAAGUAGUUAAUGGCCAUGGAUUUUAUUUACACUAGGGUGCACCACUUCAACUAAAACGAUGGGAUAUUUUGCUCAUCGACAGGCAAAUUAAAUCCUUCUCAUGAUCAUCAACUCGAGGCAAAAUUGUCAUCUUUACCUCCCUCUGUCCACAAAAGGGUCUCGAGAAAAUCUGACAAUGCAAUAACCUGCGAAGAUUGGCAGAUGCUAAACUGCAGCGUGGUCCUGAAGUCUGAUUGGAUGAACUCUGGCUGACCCUUAAACCUCGACCCACUCCUCAUCCUCCACAGCAGCUUCAUCUCCUCUGACCCACUGCUCCCCAUUGCUUGGCGCUGUGUCUUUGCUGUACAUUGUACUUGCAUACCUUCAAAAUUAAUAAAAACAGGAGAGAAAAGAAAUGACAAAAUGAAAUGGGGAAUCUCUGUUUGAUCUCA